AUGCUACUACCGAGCCUCGGCUCUAUCGAUAUUAUCAUCUUGCCGAAGGCAUGGUCUCAUCAAUAUGCUGAGAAGCAGAAGUUCUUUCGACAACCUGCCAUCAUGGUCGGCACAAGCAGAUUUCCUGGGUCUGAGAUCAGAAAAUCUUCGCUGAAAGUACUUACCCGAGAGCGCAGCGCCGGUCUGACCACCGAAAUCGCCGAGCUGACCACCGCGUGCAAAUAG